AUGGCGGGUAUUCUACGUCGAUUGCGGCGGUCUAGCAAGAAGGCGGCCAAGUUUCGGUUCACUGUCACGCUUCAAGAGCUCCAACUGUACACUGAUGAGAAAUGGAAACCCGAGAAUCUCGUCGUGUCAUUCGUUCAUCGCCGCCGAAAAGUGUCGUCCAAAGAGCGAAAAUGGGAGCAAUCGUACUCGGACGCGAAUAAAUGUGUGAUAAUGUGGCCGGAGCAAAUGACAGAGAACGUUGAUAUCUUGACAACUCUCUACCGUAUUCAAGAUGAUGACACAUUUGAGGAUAAGGAAUGGACAAUUGUCAUCGAAGAGCUCAAUUCGAAAGGAAAACGGAAAUCGAUCGCCGCGGUGCCCAUCAACGUUCGCUUAUUCAUUCUUGAUCUACCCGAUCAUAAAAGUGAACUGAAACUCAAGCUCCGCCCACUCUCACCUCAUCUGAAAUCGUGUAGUCUCAUUAUCCUUCUCGGCUCCACACUGAUUUCAGAGGUGAGUGCUGGAGAUGACGUGAGCAUCACGUCGUCGGCUGCAAACUCGUCGUUUGUUGAGAAGACGCCGGUCACUGAUGAGACUGAUGCGACGAGUGAUGUGAGAGCCGCCAGACAACAAAUCGACUCCACGGCCAUCAAAAUUAAAGAAUGGGCAAAAGAGAAGAAGGAGGAGGAGCCUCCUGUCAUUCCAUCACAUCGAAAGCCGUCGGAAGAGGGCGGAGAACCAGGGAAAGUCCGUCCCCAAUGGAGAGUAUCAGCCGAGGAGGAACAACGGACAUCGGGACCCACAACUCCAUCAUCGGCUCCAGCAGUCCCCGCCCCCAUCACCACCAAUCGUCACAGUCGUUCCAGCAGGGCAUCGACAGAAGAGAAGACGACAACUGAAUUCCGAGUGGACGCCCACUCUCGGCCUAUUCCAGUUACGGAGAUGACUCCGAUCAGGGCAACGCCUGCAUAUCUUAGUGGAGGGUCUAUGAGUCGCGGCCGCUCCAAUUCGCCGAGAGCUCCAUCACGAGACGCCGUCCCUCAACCAGUUUCUGGAGAAACUCUGCUAUCUUGGUGUCAAAGAGUCACUAAUGGAUAUUCUCAUGUCAAAAUUCGUGAUUUUACAAAAUCAUGGGCGAACGGACUCGCCCUAUGCGCCGUCAUCCACACGUACCGUCCAGAAUUGAUUGGAGAUUACGAAUCUCUUGAUAUCUCCAACAGUCUAACCGAUCAGAAAUCAAAUAUUCAAAAAGGACUGGACGCCGCUUCAAUGAUGGGUCUAACCGACAUUCCCACGGUUUAUUCGUUCGUCACGCCGGAUCGAAAGGAUAUCGAACGUCUUCUACACGCUCUACGUCGGAUUUUCGAAGGAUUCGAGGAUGGGACGACGCCCGCUUCCUUGUCGGAUCAUCGAAUCUCUCGGACAUUUGCAAUCAAUGAAAUGGAGCAGAAAGUGGUCGCAGAGAUCGCUGAGCUCCGGAAUCAAAAGGAUCUGGAAGAUGCGGUGGACUAUUCGAAGGUACCGGAAGAGGUGGCUCCGCCCCCAGUGACUCCUAUUCAGUUGGCCAGUCGAAAUGCUGCAUUGAAUCAACCCAUCGAUGGAGAUGACGAUGAUGAGACGGCGAGUAUGGGAUUCGAGAGAAGUAAUGUUCGGUUGACAAUGGUUACUCCGGGAGUUGGCACUUAUCGAUCGUCGAACCGUGCCUCUCCAUCAAAACGAGAUGAACUGCGUCAACGUGCUCGUGAGAUGCUCGAAAAAUCAUCAGCAGCUGGAGGGAAUUCCAACCAAAUCACAUCAACACCGAAUGGUCGAAAGGGAAGUGAUGAAGAGAGGCGACGCGAAGAGGUCAGACGACUUUUGGAUGAGAAAAAGUCGACGGCCAUUCCCUCCACUUCAUCCUCUCCCUAUCCACAAUUCCGUCGGCUGAAUGGAUCGAAUACCGAUUUGCGUCCGAUUGGUCUCGAUGUGCACAAAUUCAAGAAAAGAGAUCCAUCGCCGACGCUCGUCCGCAAACAAUACGAUCCAAAUGACACACCACACGUACCGGCGAUUGGAAGACGGACGAAUGGAAAUCGGACCGACGCUCCGCCCCCUCCUCCUGCUCCAUCCACAUUUGACCGUGUCAAAAGAUACGGUAGUAUGCGAAGUGCCGAGCUGAAAGAGUCUCUGCAAUUGAUGGCGAAACAAUACGGAUAUAUGGGCGCCGACUUCGAGUCACAAUCUUCGCAAGACGCUCUGUCGACACCGAGUAAAAAGUUCUCGUCUCAAUGGGAGAAGGACGUCGACGACGUGCAGGGAACCGCCCAAGAGCUUGUUCGCAUCGAUGAACGCAUUUCGGAUAUCACCGCACAGGCUGAUGUAAUCCAAAACAAGAUUCGGGAGACAGAAGUUGGAAGUUCGGAGGAGGAACAAUUGACCAAUUCGUAUCUCCAAUUGACAAAUGAGAGAAAUACACUCGUCCAUCGACAAGAAUACUAUAAUAUCAUUGAGACGAUUCGACAGACGACGUCUGAAAUUGAUGAGUUGAGGAGGCAGAUCGACGAGGUCACACAGAUUGCCGAUGAUAUUCCGAGGACGAAUGAGACGAAGACGGCGACGGAUCGGUUGAUGGAAAGGUUGAGUGAUGCGAUGAAGAUGAAGAGCAAUUUGGUACAGAAGUUGUUCGCCACAGAGGAGGAAAUCGAGGAAGACACGGAUCGCCUGAAAAACCUGACACUCGACCGGGCGACUCGCUUCGUUCGCGGCAUCGAUCAACCCGUUUCGGCGUCGAAACGACUCAUUCAGUGGUGGCGGCGUUAG